AUGCCCACAAACGGAAUUAACAAGGCCCUGAAGCUGCAAUUUGGUCUCAUAAACUAUGAGAACCGAUACUUGACGGCUGAGGCCUUUGGCUUCAAGGUGAAUGCUUCAGGCAUCAGUAUGAAGAAGAAACAGAUCUGGACCUUAGAGCAGGACGAGCAAGACGGCCAGGUCGUGUUCCUCAGAAGCCACCUAGGACGGUACUUGGCCUCCGACAAAGAUGGGAAGAUGACCUGCGGGGCAGAGAAGCCUGACCCUGACUGCCGUUUCCUUAUUGUGCCCCAAUCUGAUGGUCGCUGGGCCUUGCAAUCAGAACCGUACCAGCGUUACUUUGGAGGCUCUGCUGACUACCUGUCCUGCUUUGCUCAAGUCAUUGGGGAACAAGAGUUAUGGGCUGUCCAUUUGGCCCUACACCCACAGGCCAGUCUGCUCAGUGUGGCACGUAAGCGCUAUGCCCAUCUGUCUUCUUCAGAUGGGGAGAUCUCAGUGGACAGCAAUAUUCCCUGGGGGGUGGACUCCCUGGUUACUUUGGUAUACCUCGAUGGCAAGUACAGCCUGAAGACCUGCGAUAGUCGUUUCCUCAGAAAUGAUGGCAAGCUGGUGAAGGAGAACACCAACACGACCAGCUUCACACUGGAGCUGAAGUCUGGGAAGCUGGCCUUUAAGGACUGUGAGGGGAAGUAUCUGAGCCCCGUGGGGCCGACUGGAACACUGCGAGCUGGUCGAUGCUCAAAGCCUGGAAAAGACGAGCUGUUUGAUCUGGAGGAGAGUCAUCCCCAAGUUGUUUUUCAAGCUGCCAACAAAAGAUUUGUCUCAGUCAAGCAAGGUAAUUAAGUCUUGAAUGCAGGAAUUCAUUUUGUGUAAUCACAUUUCUUACUUAUAAAAACAAGCAAUGGUGACCGCAAAGUAGUAUUAAAACAGGAGAUUGAAAAUCAUUUCUCAUAACAAGCAAUUGCGGCCUUUGAGUAAGAAUAUUUGAUUGAUUUCAAAAAGUUGAAUCAAUCUAAAAGUACUCAAAGUACAAGUGUAGUCAUGGAAACAAAUGGGAAUGAAAAUAACAUGAACAUUCAGGCAGAGUGCUGCUGCAACGACUUUUGAAGGCUCCAUACUGAGUUCACAUUCCCGGGAAAAAAGAAAUAUGAAUGUAAACAUGUGUGUUUGCAUAACUUUAUAAGUAAGUGCUGAGAAACAAUUUCCUCACAUUGUUUGGGUAUGUGGGAGUAAAUAAGACUCUAUUCAGAUCCAUCAGAAGUUAAGGUCACUAGAUUUUGACCAUGAAGUGAAAACCUCUGAGUGAAUGGGAAUAACAUCUUUUUGCUUUAUAUUCUUGUCUUUUCCUAAGUGUUGGGUGUUACAUGUUGAGUCAUCCUUAGGUCUGGUGAUGCAAAGCUGCAAUCCUCUCAAUUUAAGUCCUAUAUUACACAAACCCAACAUCCUGUCUUCAUGCACUUAAUAGUUUUAAGGAUUAUGACAAGAUAUUAAGAAACAGAGUCAUAGCUUCCUUGCAUAUUGUUUUAUUAAGUUUAACUUUUUAGCCUAGCUGAGGUUCUAGCAUUAGCACGUGUGCACUGCCUAAAGUGCAUGACCUGUGUGUAUUAAAUGUUACAUUGAAGCUGCAUUUCCAGUAUCAUGAAAAGCAUGUGACAGUUCCCAGACAGUAAUACGAGUACAUUGCCUUCCCUGGCGACAUGCUGGAACCAUAAUGGUUGACAGACACACUGUGAGGUCAUUGUGGUAAUGGGCUUUGUCAUUUCCACUGUGUGUCUAUUGAAGCUUAAGCAAGGUGAAAAUGAGUCCUGUGCAGACCUAUGCCCCUUGGGUGUCGAUUACCAUCAGAGUAUUUUAAGCCUGGCAGUUACUCCCUGAUCAACCUUCGUCCAGUUUUUCACAUGAUGUCUACCUAUGUGGCAGUAAGUUGGCAGCAAAGACCUACCAGACAGAUCAGUUACAGGGGAUCUUUUCAAAUCUCUAUAAUGGGAUCAUCUCUUUUCUGUACAAUUAUACACACAAACAUUGCGGAAAGAUACGGGGGAAUUUAAUUGCUUUCCCUGUUCCUAAAACUUUGAAUUUGAUUUUAAUGAAUCAACCUCUUCAGCUGAAAGCUGGCAUUACUAUAGAAUGUCUAUGUUUUCAGAUGUACUUAGGAUUGUACUUAAUAUCAUGCUUAUGCAUUACCAACAUUUUAAAAUGACAAAAGGUCAACAUCAGGGAAAUAUUUAUUCAACAACUUGGCUAUUCAUUGACAACAUAUGACAGAAAUUCAAUUUUUAGCAGCUAUAUUCUUCCUUGUGGCAGUUCCACGUUUUUCAAGGAACAAGGUAUUGAAAGCUGCUUAGUGGGCCCUGCAGUGCAGAUUUGCAUUUCACCACUCAGGGAAUUACAGCAAGCAAAUGAACGGGAAGGGUGGAGCGGCGGCUGUGGGGGAUUAGGGUUGUAACAGGCUUAAGAGAAAGGUUGAAGGAUAUUUUUGUGGCAUCUAAUUUGAACAACAGCAGACACAGUUCAGCUGUGUCUGUGUAUUCUCCGCCACCUGACACAAACUCCAAAGACAGAAUGCAUGUGGAUUAAGUGUGUGACUUUGGAUAGGCUGAAAGUAAGGCAAUCAGGUUUAGGGAUGAAGAGGCUGAAUUGGUAACUGGACAGAAGCUACACCAAAGCAAAAUUUGACUACUGGUCAGUGUCUGGUUUACCUUCGCUGGGACUGUUGUUUCCCACAUGCAAAAAAGAUUACAUAAAGUAAGCUGAGCACAUGAAAUGUGUUUAACAGCAGGGAUUCUCCAUACUGGGCACAGGGAAAUCCAAAGCUGGUAGACGGAAACAAAGCUGAUUAAAUAUUAAAGUGAUCCUCAGCCCUAAAUGCAUUUUUGGGUGCCAAAACCCCCAGGAGUUUGCAACGUGAAACAAACUCCAUUAAGGAUGUGUUUUCAUGGUAGUGAAGAAACAGUUUUCAGGACCAACAGGGUUGAGUCUUAGAAAGUUUCGAAAGAUGAACCACAAAAUUGCCAUCUUUAUUCCAAGCUGCUUAAAACUCUGCAAACAUUAGCUGCAGAAAAUCAUGGUGUCAAAAAAAAUGGCUUGAUUGUACUAUAUCAUAUGGCCAAAAUAACCCUGCAAAUACUCUUUGCAGCUCACAGUGUUACGUGGUUUUUGUGUUCUUUUUUUUCUCGUGAAGAUCUGUACAAACCAGUAUGCAGCACUCUGUAUUAUGUGGUGCAACAAUAAAAAAGGUACAACGUAAUUACAUUUUGGAUUAGUGUUACUCUCACAUGUCCCCUUGACAAUGCCUGAGAGAAGAAAUGACAUUCAAGAGGGAGUAAAUUACCUUUAAGAGGACGCAAUGUUGUCAACAACAAUGUCUAUCCAACUGGGGGACAAUAAACAAAGCUGCCUUUUCUUCCCUUGUAUCCAGGAGUGAGUAUUUCAGCCAAUCAGGAUGUGGAGACAGACAUGGAGACCUUUCAGAUGGAGAUUGAUAAAGACAGCAAAAAGCCAAUGUUCAGGACAAAUGGUGGAUCCUACUGGACUCUAGUGUCUCAUGGGGAAAUCCAGUCCACUGCCACGGAAGUGUAAGUAGAUUUCCUGGUUCUCAAAAGAGAAACUUUCAUCCAUGUUUGCUCAUAAUUCUUACCUGAACUCUAUAUGUCUGUGUUCCCAGAGAGGUCAACACGAUGUUUGACAUUGAGUGGCGAGGAAAAAGGGUGGCGCUCAAAGCAAGUAAUGGAAAGUAUGUAUGCACUAAGAAGAAUGGGCAGCUCUCAGCGGUCAGCGACACAGUUGGUAAGUGCUUUUUAGCAACUUUCUAUAAAUGCUGUGGCUGUUUGAAAUACCCGGCACUGGUACAUUUCCCAUUCAAAACAUAUGAAAAGCAUUCAUCUUCCUUCAGGUGAGGGUGAACUGUUCCUGAUGAAGCUCAUCAAUCGUCCUAUCCUGAUCCUUCAUGGGGAGAACGGCUUCGUGUGCCACCACAAGAGCUCCAACACUCUGGAUGCAAAUCGAUCCGUCUAUGACAUCUUCUCAUUGAUCUUCAAUGAUGGCGCCUACCAUGUAAAAAGUCAGUGCAUGAAACACAAAUUUCUGCCUGGUCUUCAAUAUAUCUUGUGUGACUUGAUUCAUCUGGCGUCCACAUAUAAUCUGCUGUUGUUAUCCUCUUGCAGGUGUGAAUGGAUUGUACUGGUACGUCUCUAGCAGUGGUCUGGUGUGCUCAGAUGGAGAAAAGCCUGAGGACUUUUUCCUUGAGUUCCUGGGGCACGGAUGUGUCGCCAUCAAGGGCUCCAAUGGCAAGUACCUUCGUGGAGAUAAGGGAGGUACACUUAUGGGGGAUGCAACAACUGUUGAUGCAUCUUCUCUUUGGGAGUACUGAUCCCUUUGAGUCAGGGUCCUCAAAGAGCAAGAAAGAAGACGGGGUGCAGGACCUGCUUCUACCAACUCACAUGAAGCGGACUGACCGAGUUACAUUUUCCUGCCUGUUUUUAUACUAGCUACCCGGUGCCCAAUGACAAGGUUUGUUUUAUUCUAAAUUGGGAAGAGCUGAACACUUUAGGAUUGUAAGUGUUGAAAGUUUUGUCUUCCCAAUGACAUUGCCAACAGCAAAGAACGCCUGUUGAGUGAAAUUGUAUUUCACACAAUAGGGAACAUAACAGCGGAUCUAUAUUUUGUACAAAAUGAGUACAGCUAGGUUGAAAUACCUUUGAAGGCGGCCAUACUUAUCAGUUUUUGAACAGGAAGAAAUUAAAUGUGUGUUGCUGCCUUGAACAAAUUCUAUGUGUAGCCUAUUCAAAAAGCUUGGCAAUGAAAGGUAACAAGAGGAAUGUUAAGUCCUCCUGUUGCUUCAAAGUCCCACCGGGUAAACAGACAAAAUAUCCCCAAAGCUGAAACAGCCUUUGCAAUUUGUUCUGUCAAAACAGCUUUCACAUACUCAUACAGAGGAGACACUUGAAAGCAAGCGUCAGCAUUAAAAGGUCAGUGUAUCUACAUCCUUUUUCCUUAAAAAGAAAAACAAAUUUCAUUUCACCUGAGACCUCUGUCAACGCAAAAAUGUUUGUUUACAGAUUUCAGCAACUUCAUUAUUCAAUCACGUUCUAUGAGAACGGUCAUUAAAGUGACAGAAAUUAAAAUAAGGUAAUGCACCGAUGUCUUCAAAGACAGCUAAUGGCUAGUGCCAAUGGUGUUUUUAUUUAUCUUGAUGAACCAUUUACAGCUUCCAUGAAAGCGAAUGAAGUAGACUGGAACAACUCUUCAACUUUAAGCAAGAUAUAUCCAAAGAGGGCUUCAUCCAGCAUCACUACACACAUAGAAAUGCUUUUUUUAAAAACGUGCACAACAUUUAGAAGUACAGAGAUCAGGGGUGUAAAGGAACAAAGAAUACCAGUAGAGAUGUAAUAUACCCAUUACAGGGAUAAGCAAUGAAACCAGAGGGGAAGGACAUUAAAGUACCUGAUAAAGUAUUUAUCGCUCUUUAAUGCACCAGGUGUAAAUGUGUUCAGAAAGUGCUUCUCUGGUCUUCUGCCUAGGGGCCUUAAACCAUACUGCACUCUGCAUCCCUUAAUGCCCUGUUCUCGUGUUCAGAGUUGGGUGGUAAGAUUAGAGCCUAUAACUGAUUAAGAAACCAGAUUUCUUCUUGUUUUAUAUAAAAAAUUGCAAGUGGAAUAAGAAAACUUGUUAGGUCACAUCUAUAAAACAUCAUGCAGCAGUAUAGGAGUUACUCUGGUAACACAACUCCUACUGUAAAAUGUGCCCACUAGCCUCUGGUAAAGCUUUAGUGAGUGCAGCCCUUCACAGGGGGGGAAAAAACAUCUUUUGUAUUCUGAUUCAAUGUCUUAUUAAAUCAACAAGGGCACAGGCUGAACUUAUACACAAUUUAUCCUGUAGACUUUUGUCAUUUAUUUCCCGUGAAGAAUUUUAAUUCUGCAAUAGUUCAAGUGUAGUGUCAAAUCCAUUGAUUUUGUGAUAUUUUGCAUUAGUCAAGAAGAGACACUUUAGAAAGGUCUGAACUGCUUGGUCACAUAUGCACCCUGUACUACCAGCUCUGUAGACAGCCUCCAGUCAUAUUAGAGUGUAUUUUUUAAAUAGAUGUAAGUUGUUAUACUGUUUAUGUUUACUGGCAAAACUUUAAAAUGUCGAUGGUAAAUAAAAGAAAAACUUG